CGGUGGCGGGGGGGGGGGGCGCCGGCAGAGUCCUCCUCCCGGCCUGCCCGCGGCGGAGGCGGCGGCCCAGGAUGAGCGAGUUCCGGAUCCACCACGACGUGAACGAGCUGCUGAGCCUGCUGCGGCUGGCGGCGGGGGGGGGGGCCGAGGCCUACAUCGAGCUGCUGCAGAAGAGCCGCAGCCCCUACGCCGCCACCACCGCCUCCGCCCUCGGCGCCAAGGUGAAAAUCGCCGAAUUCUCUCGGACCCCGGAAGACUUCCUGAACAAGUACGAGGAGCUGAAGGCCAAGAACACGCGGCACCUGGACUCCUUGGUCUGCCUGCUGGCCAAGCUCACCGAGGACAAGGAGACCCUCCAAUGUUUGCAGCAAAACGCCAAGGAGAGGGCAGAACUGGCUCUGAACAGUGGCGGCAGCGUCACUUUCUCCGCCCCCUCGACGGCUCCCAAGAUGACCGUGCAGGAGCUUGAGGAGUUACGGAAGCAGCUGGGCACGGUGACCACCAGCGCCAGCACACAGCAGCCUCUGGAACUGGUACGGAAAAUGCUGCGGGAGAAGCAGAACAAGAAGUCCGCGGGCCAGCCCAUCCCGUUGUUUCCUGCGUGGGUGUAUGAGCGGCCGGCCCUGAUUGGCGAUUUCCUCACGAGCUCCGCUUUGAGCACUGACACGGCUGUGCCCAUCGGAACGUUGCCGCUGCCCUCCCAAGAGUCCGCCAUUGUGGAGGACUUGCUGUACGUUCUGAUUGGGGUGGACGGCAGGUACAUCACCGCCCAGCCGCUUGUGGGUCGAGAGAACCGAACUUUCUUGGUGGACCCCAAUUUGGACAUGUCUGUCAAGGAGCUUGUCACCAGGAUUCUUCCCGUGGCUUCAAGUUACUCCAUAGUAACCAGGUUCACCGAGGAGAAGUCUUCCUUUGAGUAUGGGCAGGUGAAUCACGCGCUGGCCGCGGCCAUGCGGACCCUGGUGAAGGAGUACAUGAUCCUGAUCACCCAGCUGGAGCACCUCCAGCGCCAAGGCCUCUUGUCCCUGCAGAAGCUCUGGUUCUACAUCCAGCCCACCAUGAGGACCCUGGAGAUCCUGGCCUCUCUUGCUACUUCGGUAGACCGAGGGGAGUGCCUGGGAGGCUCCACCCUCAGCCUGCUGCAUGACAAGACGUUCAACUAUACGGGGGACAGCCAAGCCCAGGAGCUGUGCCUCUACUUGACCAAAGCCGCCAGCGUCCCUUACUUUGAAAUCCUGGAGAGGUGGAUCUACCGAGGCAUCAUCCACGAUCCGUACAGUGAAUUCAUGGUGGAAGAACAUGAGCUCCAGAAGGAGAAGAUCCAGGAGGAUUACAAUGACAAGUACUGGGACCAAAGAUACACCAUCGUUCAGCCGCAGAUUCCGUCCUUCCUGCAGAAGAUCGCAGACAAAAUCCUCAGCACAGGGAAGUAUUUGAACGUCGUCCGGGAGUGCGGUCACGACGUUACCUGUCCGGUGGCCAAAGAGGUCAUUUAUACGUUGAAGGAGCGCGAAUAUGUGGAGCAAAUCGAGAAGGCCUAUAACUACGCCAGCAAAGUCUUGCUGGACUUCCUGAUGGAGGAAAAAGAACUCGUGGCCCACUUAAGGUCGAUCAAGCAUUACUUCCUCAUGGACCAGGGCGACUUCUACGUCCACUUCAUGGACCUCACCGAAGAAGAGCUGAAGAAGCCGGUGGAGGAGAUCAUCCCCCCCCGCCUGGAAGCGCUGCUGGAGCUGGCGCUGCGCAUGAGCACCGCCAACACAGACCCCUUCAAAGAUGACCUGAAGAUCGAGCUGAUGCCCCACGACCUCGUCACGCAGCUCUUGCGGGUGCUGGCCAUCGAGACCAGGCAGGAGAAGGCGGUCAUCAGCGCCGACCCCACGGAGCUCUCCCUCAGCGGCCUGGAGGCCUUCUCCUUCGACUACGUGGUGAAGUGGCCGCUCUCUCUGAUCAUCAACAGGAAGGCCCUGACGCGCUACCAGAUGCUCUUCCGCCACCUGUUCUACUGCAAGCACGUGGAGCGGCAGCUCUGCAACGUCUGGCUGAGCAGCAAAGCCGCCAAGCAGCACUCGCUCCACUCCUCCAAGUGGUUUGCUGGUGCUUUCACUCUCCGGCAGCGGAUGCUCAACUUUGUGCAGAAUAUCCAGUAUUACAUGAUGUUUGAAGUGAUGGAGCCCACCUGGCACGUGCUCGAGAAGAACCUCAAGUCGGCCUCCAACAUCGACGAUGUCCUCAGCCACCAUACGAGCUUCCUGGACAACUGCUUGAAGGACUGCAUGCUCACCAAUCCAGAGCUGCUCAAGAUCUUCUCCAAGAUGAUGUCUGUCUGCGUCGUGUUCACCAACUGCAUGCAGAGAUUCUCUCACAGCAUGAAGCUGGACAGUGAGCUGAGGCGCCUCACGGUGGAGCACGGGACCAUGCAGGGCCCACCGACCGAGCAGGAGCGGGUGGAGGAGUCGACCAAGAAGCAGCUUGCUCACCGGCUCUUAGCAGAGCACGCGGAUUCCUUGCAUGUAACCUCUGGCUUUGAGGCAACCAUCAACAAGUUUGACAGCAAUUUCUCAGCACAUCUCCUGGACCUCCUGGACAAACUGAGCAUUUACAGCACCAAUGACUGUGAGCACAGCAUGAUCAACAUCAUCUCCAGGUUGGACUUCAACGGCUUCUACACGGAGCGCCUGGAGCACAUGUCUGCAGAACGGAGCCACCAGAGAGCCCCUCCCAGGGCUGCGGUGGCCACUCAGUGAGCCAGACCACUUGGAAGGGACAUGGCAGCGAAGAGGGGUGGUGUUUGUUCUCCCCGGCCUCGCAGGGCUGUGGGGGAAGCACGGGACGGACAUUGUGGCGGCAGCGGCUGCUGCUCUGUCUGUAAAGAUGGUGUGUGUAUUUCUGGAGUAUUGCUGCCUUCUUAAACACAACUGUAACUUGUGCAAUUUAAUCUGAGAUAGCUUAAAAUAAAACCCCCGUGGGGGACUCCGGGA